UGAACGUUAGGCGUGUGGCGGUAAAGAUAAAGGCUAAGGCUAUCUGUUUGUUCUGACCUCAGUGAAGCCCCUACAUCUGACACUAUCUGCGCUGCGCGCGCACGUUUCUGUCAGUGAAACGAGACCGAAAUGAAAGCGAAAGCAACUUUGUUUGCAUGGCGGUUUCUUCGCUCCUCGACUGGACGGCUCUGAACGGCGGUGUCUAUCAUGUUUAUUGUAUUUGGUGGUCUUUUCCUUGCAGUGUUAGCUUCAGGUGUAGGCCCCUGUGGAUCUCAGUCUGUGCAUAAUGUCCAGUGGUUGCCGUGUCAGUUUGUGGAUGAGUCAGUACAUUUAAAUCAUGAGGGUCACAAAGAGACCAAAUACCACCAUCGAAAUGCAGUGCUGCAGUUCGGUUUUUUAGGAGACCGUCCUAUAAACCAGGAUGUCAUCACCUUCCUUGCAGUAGCUUCAAAGGUGGACAUGAGGCGCUAUGUGGAAGGUGGCGAAGACACGCUGCAGUGUGAGAUCCGCAGAUACAGCACUGGAGGCAUUGUCAUGCGUUGGCCUGGUUUAGGGGCACAAGAGCAUGACAUCUGGUUCACCUGUACUCUCACACACACUGAGGGGCUGUUUGUCAUCACCACCUUUCUCAGACACACACCUGCACAGGAAGGAAAUCAAGAGUGGAUUCAGUUUGCAGACAGGGAGCUUCUGACCACCUCAGCUGCGAUGGUUGUAAUGACACGCACCCCUAGUGUUGCAGUGGGCUUAAUGAAGGAUCAGACCCUGCACUGUCAGUUUGCUGUGGAUCAUAAGCAGGCCAACGUGACCGUAGAGUGGAGGCUUCAGCGACGUGGCGAACGCACCAAGCUCUUCGGCUAUUCUAGCCGCUCAGGCAAGACCGAAGGCAGCGGAGUGUCUGUCAAAGCCAUUGGAGCCGGAAACGCCGCUCUAAAACUUCCCCUCACCUCCCAGGCCAGCGAGGGCACAUACGUGUGCUCAGUGCUCGUCCCCCCUCUCUACGGCAGCCAUGACAUCACUCUCAACAUCCACGAGCCCCCUCGUGUGUCAGUGAACGUGGGCUCAUCUUUGUCUCUAACUCUGGGUGGAGAGCAGAAGGUGGUGUGUGAUGCUGAGGGAUAUUACCCGCUUGAUGUCAACAUUGAGUGGCUGCGUGAGCCGGCUGGUUCCAGCUUUCUACCUGAGGUACUGAAGAACGUGCUGUACUCCAGCCACCGCCACAACAAAGACGGCACAUACUCGCUCUCAGCCUUCUUCCUGCUGCAGCCUGGCCUAGACGACUCUGGCUACAAGUAUACUUGCAGGGUUCACCACCAGGCUCUGCGCAUACCAAUCCGCAAGAGCUUCACCCUCACCGUCUCAGAGCAAGACUCUCUGUGGUAUGUCUUAGUCUUUGGGUUCAUUAUUACCAUGAUUGGACUUCUGUUCUGGCUAGUCCCUCAGUACCUUAAAGCAAAACAAAAUUCAGCAAGAAAGGCAUUCUGAAACAUGCCAGAGGACUUACAGCUCCACUCCAAGGAGACAGACAACACUAUCCCUCUUCUCUCCCUCUUCUCUCCCUCCAUCUUCCCUCCUUCACUCCCUGCUGGAUCCAUGGAUCAGGUGUUUCACUUUGGAGCCUCUGGAGGUUGUUGUGAAGGCUGGUGCCAAUCUCCAUGUUUUUAGGACUUUAUUAAACUGCGCAAUGGUGCAGAAGAUAAAAGAAUUGCCUUUACAAAAUGUCUGUGUUCAGGUCUUAACAUUGAGCUCAACACCAAGAAUCCUGCCAGAGUGUUCUGUUGGAAGUAAAUGGAUAGAUAGAUCUGACUUCAUGAAUAAUAUGGGCUCUUUUAUGAUCAUUUUCACUUGAUCCAGCAACUGAAAUUUUCUGGAAUUUGGUAAGAUAUUUAUUAGACACAUGUAAAUAAUAACAGAUCUACAAAAAUUGCUCUGGGCUGAUUUUAGAAGACUGUAGAUAUACUUACACUCUCAGACUGUUCAAAAUGAUUCAGGUUUAGGUUUGGAUUUAGUCUUUACAGGAAUCAAAUGUAAAUUAUUCGCUUACAUGGCUGCAUUUUGGCAGAUUAGAAGAUUUUAUUUGGUUGUUUUGCAAAAUACUUGAAUAAAAACAUAUUAAAAAGAACAAAAAAUAGUAAAAUAUU